AGUAACAAACAUCCACUAUCACUGCAUCACCAUCCGCACCGUUCUUUGCAGCAGCUCUGUAUGGAAGCUCCGAGAAGGACAUCUUUAUGCAGGAGGAUCCCGUCUCUCCGGUCAUCCCGUUCCCGAAGGUCCUACGAAGUCUCUGAUUUGCACCUGUGAUUUUCUCCCCUACGGAGACGACUAGCGGACAAUAUGCACAACUGAGACAUUGUCCUCGUCACCACCUUAUCAUUUCCACCUGCCCUCUUUCAAGUUACCACGCGUCAACACCGUUCGCUGGUACCCCUGCGGACCCUUUAUCUCUGAUCGUCACUAUUUCCAAGGAUCUCAACCUGCUCGAACGCCAGCCGGACGCCAACUCUAUUCACACCCAGCGAACAUCUCAUCCUAUUAUCAAGCUUCGAUCCCCGCCUUGGCAGGUACAUUGGCCCUUGAGCCAUGUGCCUUUCUCGAGCUCUAUUGCUAAAACUUGAUCAUGGUCCUUGUUGACUACUCAGAUUCAAGCUCUGAGGACGAAGAUCAAGGCACAAAGAAAAAGUCUAUCAAGCAAGGAGGUGGGAAACGGAAGGCUGAGCACGUGGAACCAGACGGGCGGGAGUCCAGCAGGGCCAAACUGCCUCCGCCGCCCUUACCAAGUUCGUUUCACUCGCUUUAUGCGACCAACGUAAGAAGCUCGACUACCGAUGACCCUUCCUUGCACGCCGGUCGCACGCGUCAGGUUCCCCAUGCGGUAGGUAACUGGCCCACCCACAUCUAUCUCGAGUGGUAUCCAUCAAGGUGCUGCCUCGCGACCCUCGAUGCGGUGAUAGAGAGAGCUCGCUUGGCAUUGGGAUCAGCACGCGAAGACUCCAAAAUCAAUGUGCACAGCUUCCUCCACUCUGAGUUGGGCGCACAGUUACCACUUCACAUCAGUCUAUCUGCCCCCCUCGUGUUGAAGACAGAGCAAAGAGAACAAUUCCAGACCAGCCUCGAAUCAAAAGUGAGGCAGGGCCGCAUCAAGCCAUUCACGGUCCAUAUAUCAGGACUCGACUGGGUAGCAAAUCACGACAAAACGAGGUUCUUCUUGGUUUUGAAGCUCAUGAAGCCUGAGGACGAUGAAUUGAACAGGUUGCUAUCAAUCUGUAAUGCGAUUGCUCGGCAAUUCGACCUGCCUCGACUCUAUGAAGAGCGGUGCGACACUCCCACAGGCUUUCAGCCCCGGUCGACAAGCAAGACAAUACGUCAAAUGACUGACAAGUCGAAUGCCUUUCAUAUCAGUAUAGCAUGGAUCCUUAGUGAGCCUGAUGACCAAGCUAGGCAAGAGCUCGUUCACCUUGUAGAUGACAAGGUGCGGGCUUUGAAGGUGAGCUUCCCACUUCUCAAGCUCAAAAUCGGGAAUUCUGUGAUCGAUUGUCUUUUCGCAACCGGGUGUGAUGGAGACAAAUGAUAACAACAAUGUUGGUUGUCAUGGGAAGGGCGCGACUCCUGCCGUUUCUCUUCUCGCAACGCAUGACUCGUCUCGAACUGUGCUGCUCCAUGCUCGACCGCAGACGCAGACUUCCGACUCUUUCGACUCCGGGGCUUGCAGUGAGCAUUUGUCACUGCCUUUCUCGGCCCACACAAGGUCUCUCGAGCCUGCAUAUCCCCCAUCGCAGUCACCUGUCUGGCACGAGCUCUCGACGAUGUUGCAUCUCGCUGGAAGGUGACCGGUCCGCCCCCAGACGCGACCAAGACAUCGGGACGGUCGUGACCAUGACAGGGAUGUUUUGCUGACCUUUCAUCCAUGACUUGUGUGGAGCCAGAUGAUGAGCGACCCUGUCAAUUUCGAUAGAUGGUCGUGACUGAAUUGUCGAUUGUAAUUCCAGCUCAAAAAGAAUUC